AUGUCGCUCCCCCCCAAUGCAUGGAGGAAUGCCAUUGAGGUAGAAGAAGAGGCUCUUCCCGACAUUGAGUUGCAGAGACAGAACAUUGUCAAGAAAAUUCAUAUAUAUUAUGAGAGGGACACUCCACCGAUGAACAAUCAGGGUGAAGGAGAAAAAGAUGACCCUGAGGAAGCCAUGGACAAGCAGCCCACCAUUGGACGAAAUGAAGAGUCUGACAGCUCCUCAAACAUGCUGGAUGAGGAGGACACUGACAAAGACGGGAUGAGUUUGGAGGUCGACACUCCAGUGACGAACCAUCGGGGUGACGACGACGAUGACGAAGAAGAUCUCCCCGAGAUAGUGCUGGAUGACGUGCCUGCGGUGAGGGUGGCGGGACGGCCUCCAUUCGCUCCGCGGGUGGCCUUCAUGGUGAACAAAACACAUGACCCCGAGUACCCGAGGCGGAAGGUGUCCGGCAUCAGUGCUCAGAAAGUUGUUCCACCUUCCACCAAGAUGCUGGAUGAGGAGGACACUGACAAAGACGGGAUGAGUUUGGAGGUCGACACUCCAGUGACGAACCAUCGGGGUGACGACGACGAUGACGAAGAAGAUCUCCCCGAGAUAGUGCUGGAUGACGUGCCUGCGGUGAGGGUGGCGGGACGGCCUCCAUUCGCUCCGCGGGUGGCCUUCAUGGUGAACAAAACAUAUGACCCCGAGUACCCGAGGCGGAAGGUGUCCGGCAUCAGUGCUCAGAAAGUUGUUCCACCUUCCACCAAGACAGACAAUGAAAAACCUUUGAGUCUGUAG